GCAAAGGCGGUGCUUCCGGCCGGCGGAGGCGGAGCCUGGGGCUCGCUGGGGGGCGGAACCCUGACCCCGACCCCGACCCGGAUCCAGGCCGCGACCCCUACCAGGGCCCGCCGGAAUGGCCCGGCACGUGUUCCUGACGGGGCCCCCAGGAGUUGGAAAAACAACACUGAUCCAGAAAGCCAGUGAGGUUUUAAAAUCCUCCGGUGUGCCUGUCGAUGGAUUUUACACAGAAGAAGUCAGACAGGGAGGGAGAAGAAUAGGAUUCGAUGUUGUCACGUUAUCCGGCAUGCGGGGAGUUUUGUCUAGAAUUGGGUCAGAGCCGCCUCCUGGAAAACGUGAAUGCCGGGUUGGGCAGUAUGUGGUGGAUCUGACUUCCUUCGAGCACUUGGCCCUUCCGGUCUUGAAGGAUGCAGGUUCCAGCAGUGGCCCAGGGCAGAGAGUGUGUGUCAUCGAUGAGAUUGGGAAGAUGGAGCUCUUCAGUCAGCCUUUCAUCCAGGCCGUUCGUCAGACGCUGUCCGCCCCAGGGACUGUAGUCCUGGGCACGAUCCCAAUACCCAAGGGAAAACCGCUGGCCCUCGUGGAGGAAAUCAGACGCAGAAACGACGUUCAGCUGUUCAGUGUCACCAAGGAAAACAGAAACCACCUUUUGCCAGAUAUUGUGACGUGUGUGCAGAGCGGCUGGAAGUGAAGGUGGUUCGUGUCCGUGCCUGUGCGCUUGCAGAAACGUGCCCUUGGAGCCUGAUCAGGGCCCUGCCUGUCGAGGAUUUAUGCCUUCGGGCUUACGAAACCUUAUGGGCUUUUCCAGAGAAAGCCUGACAGCUGUUUUCCAUAAAAUGUUUAAAAGAUCAAAUUAGCCUGAAUGCUGGGUUGGCGGGACGAGAUGAACAGUCCGCUGUGGCUUAUUUAUGCUGAGAGGUUUUCUGUUUAUUUCCUCUUGCAGUUGUGCGUAUGAUUUUGGUAAAUUAUGAAAUGAGAAAUGGUUUUCAGAGUAUUAGAUGGAACCUGCCCCCAUCGAAGUUUAUAAGUAUGUUCCGGGGAAGGGGGAGAAGGGCGUUCGCUACCUAAUCAAUUUUGCAUGGCAUGAAAAUUAACCCCCUCUCCAGGUGCAGCCUCAGCUCACAGGGCUGUGAGUUAUUUGGUUUUUAAAAACGGUUCCCUCAGAGAAAAGCCAUUUUAGGUCCUCCCCACCCAUCGCAUUGUUUAUUUGAUUGCUUAUUGCUUAAUAAAAUAAAAAGAAACUAAAUG